UGAAGAUGACGCUCUGGAGAAAGGACAGAAAACCAGAAGUCAGUCUCCAGGCAACCAGAUGACAGCGAGUAUGCUCCCACUACAGGAGAGAAACAAAGUUGCCUUGUCUAAGAGAGAAACAGAGGAUGCUGAGAAUAUUCCUACACUGGGUUCUAAACCUUUCAUCUCCUUUGAGGAAGAUCAGACUGGUGGACUUACAGUCACUUGUACUUCAGAGGGGUGGCUUCCAAAGCCUGAAGUGUUGUGGACUGAUUGGAAUGGAGAUGUGCUUUCCAAACAAGCAGAAACAGAGUUAGAAAUGAAUGACAAAGGCCUUUUCAACAUUAAAAGCAACAUUCAUACCGAUGCAGAAACCUUGAAUGGCCUCUCAUGUGUUAUAAAAAAUAACUUUUUGAUGAAGGAGCAGCACUCAUCUCCUCCAAAGUUAGAAAGGUUCCUUGGUUUGAAACUGGCAAAAACCAUCAUUGGUCAUUUUGGUAAAGAAGUAUUACUGCCUUGCUUUUUUACACUGAAGACACAUCCUAAAAAUUUGGAGGUGAGCUGGGUAAAAACUAACUUUGAGAAAGAAAUUGCCAUACACUCAUUCACUGAUGGAAGGAUCACUACUGAAACAGAAGGUGAAAACUUCAGCAGCCGAACUAGACUGUAUAAAGAAGAACUUCGCCAUGGCAAUUUUUCUCUCAGACUAAUGAAUGUGUUACUGUCGGACCAAGGGAACUACUGUUGUUCUGUGAAAACUGACAAGGGGAUAAAACGUGCAUUCAUUCAGCUAUAUGUUGCAAGUGUAGGUUCAAAUCCAUUUCUUAGCAUCCUGAGCUAUCAAGAAGAAACUAUCACAUUUAUCUGUAAAUCACAGAAAUGGUUCCCACAACCAGAGGUGUCAUGGAUUGGAAAAGAUGUACAGAAGUUCUCAGAUAAAGUUGAAACAAAAAUUGAAGAAGAUAAUGAAGGUCUUUAUCAAGUAAAAAGUGUUAUUGUAUUACAAAAGGAUUCUAUAACUGGCCUCUCCUGCAGCAUUAAAAAUAUACUUCUAACUGAAGAAAAACAUACUGCCCUACCACACCCAGGUAGCUUUGAUGUCAUCGGCCCAAGUGAACCAGUUUUUGCUUUCAUUGGUGAAGACGUAUUACUGCCUUGCUUAUGCACUAUUAAUUACUUUAAUACACAGAUAUUUGAUGUGAAAUGGAUAAAAACUGAGCACAAGAAUACAGAAGAAGUGUAUACCUUCAUCAGGGGAGAAAAGUUUGGUCGCAAAGGUCAGAACUAUCGAUCAAGAGCAACGCUGUACAAUGAAGAAUUUGAACAUGGGAAUGUGUCUCUUAAGUUGUCCAAUUUCCAGGUAGCAAAUGCUGGAAACUAUAGUUGCUCUGUAAAAUCUGAACAUGGGAUAAGGGAUGCUGUCAUUCAAGUAAUUACUGCAGGUAUUGGCCCCAGACCAUUCAUCAGUAUCGUGGAUUUUCAAAGUGAAGAAAUUAAACUUGUCUGUGAGUCUCUUAACUGGGAUUUAAAACCAGAAGUUUCAUGGAUGGAUGAAAAGGGGCAAAAUAUGAAUGCUUUUUCUGAAACACUUAUCACUGAAAAUGAGGAACAUCUAUUUAACGUUCAGAGUUAUUUGACACUGAGAAGCAGUGCUGUAAAACAGGUAUACUGCAACAUACGAGAUCAGAUGGGAAAAGAAUACAACAUUCCAGAAGAAGGUGAUUUUGCUGUUCUUGGUCCAAGAAAUCCUAUAGUUGGUGUUUUAGGAGAAGAUGUGCUGUUGCCUUGCAUGUUGAUGGCGAAGAAAAGUCCUCAUCACUUUGAAAUAAGAUGGAUUAAAACAAAGUUCCCACUCCAGAGUUCAGUGACAGUAUAUUCCUUCAGAAGUGGUAUGAACGUUGUAGAACAAGUGGAUGAACACUACCAAAAUCAAGGACAAUUGCAUGAUGACUUUCUCAGUACCGGAAAUAUCUCUAUGAAACUGUCCAGUAUUCAGCUUUCAGACAGCGGGAAUUACACGUGCAUUGUCCAUACUGAACAUGGCAGAAAGGCUGCAAUUAUUGAACUGAAGGUUGCAGGUUUGGGCAGUGAACCUUCCCUUGACAUUACCAGCUAUGCGGAACAUACUGUCACAGUGAGCUGCAAAUCUAAAGGAUGGUUUCCAGAGCCAGAAAUAUUGUGGAUCACUGAGAAAGGGGAAGACCUGACAGGAAGUUCUGCAACAAGUGGUGAAUGUAAUGAAAAUGGACUAUUCACUAUACAAAGCAGCAUAACAGUUACAAAGAAUUCUGUACAACAUUUAACCUGCAUGGUGAGAAAUACCUGGAUCACCAACCAGAAAAGUAACACCACACCAGUACCAGAUAAUUUUCUGAUCGUCAGACCCAAAAGUCCUGUCAUUGCAGUAAUGGGUGAAAACAUCACUCUGCCAUGCGAGCUUCAGCCAAACGUUUGUCCUUCUGACAUGAUUCUUGAAUGGGUAAAAGUGGAGUCAGAUAACCAAGUCACUGUACUGAAUUAUAAAAAAGGACCCUCACAUUGUUUAUCUUACACUGAAGACUACACAACUAGAGCAUUUGUCUCGGAAGAGGAAUUCUGCAGGGGCAGUCUAUCACUUCAGUUACGAAAUACCCAGCUGUCAGACAUGGGAAGUUACAUAUGUUCAGUUAAAUCAGGAAAGAUACGUAGCAGUGCAAAGAUUGAUGUUUACAUUACUGAUAAACCAUCAGAAGACACAGUGAAGCCUCCCCCACAGGGCAAACAAAAGGAUGAUGCUUCAGAAAAAGACAAAAAGAAAAAGAAAGAAAAAGUACACCCUCCACCACCUGUCCAAGACUUUGACAAUGACAGGAGAAAGAAAAUGAUCUACUCGGAUUGUCUGUUUGUGUUGUACAACAUUUCCAUUGUUGUUGUCCCUGUCAUCUUUGCCGUUCUUUUCUUUGCAUGCAUCAUAUGCCGCUGUUGUCAGAAAGGGAGAAAGAAGACACUGGAAGAUGAUGUCACAGAAAUAGAGAAAAGUAAUAUGGAGCGAGAGUUGAAAGCACUUCGUGAACAGCAAGAUGUUGCAGAAAAAGAAAAUAAAGAUAUGGAAAAAGAAAUUAAAACUCUUCAUGAACAGAAAGAAGCGUCAGAAAGAGAGAAGGAUCAUAUGGAAGCAGAAAUGAAAGUGUUUUGGAAACAGAAAGAAGCUGCUGAAAGCGAGGAGGAACGCAUGAAAGCAGAAAUGAAAAGACUUUGUGAGCAGAAAGGUAACUACAUUUUUAUAACUUUUUUGAAAUAUGUACUAUGUAUAGAUGUUGCCCACACUAAGAAUAUUCUAGGAUAG